AUGGAACCAGUGGUGAUGGUGUUAAUGGUACUAUUAGUCAUCCUGACGGUUACGGCCGCCAUGGAUGACAAUCAAACCCAAGUCCUAGAAGGCUGCCAAAGUUCUUGUGGAGACAUUCAAAUUCCAUAUCCAUUUGGGGUUGGAAAAUCAUCAAAAACCGGUAAGAAUUGUUAUUUAUCGGAGCGAUUUAACCUAGUUUGCACAAACUCAACCUUACAUAGAGAUAGAGAUUCAAUCCCAAUCAUAGCCAUAAACAUCACCAAAGGUCAAGUUGACAUGAUGAUUUUGAUCUCAAAAAGUUGUUAUGACAAAGAUUCUGGUCCCACCAUAACCGCUGGGACCGAAUCAUGGCUAAGAACCACUUAUUACACAAUUUCUAGCACGGACAACAAGUUCAUAAGUGUUGGUUGUGACACUUAUGGCUACCUAAAUAGUUUCUUCGAUGGUGCAACAUAUUCAACCGGUUGUUUAACGAGAUGCUAUCGAGAAUCGACGAUUAUUGUCGACGGAAAAUGCGCCGGGAUUGGGUGUUGUCAAGUGGAUAUUCCGGCCGGAAUGAGGAACAACACGGUUCAAGCAUUUAGCUUUGAGAAUUUCAAUAGAUCCUUGGGGUUCAAUAAUUGUAGCUAUUCUUUUGUUGCCAAAAAUGGGAAUUAUACAUUUUCUAAGGACCAUUUGGAAAAUUUACCUUAUGAGAGGAUGGCUGUGGUUUUUGAUUGGAGUGUUGGAAAUGAGACAUGUGAAGAGUCUUUGAAAAGUGGUAGCAAUGUUUGUAAGGGUAAUUCCAAUUGUGAGGAAUCAGAGGCUGGAAAUGGUUAUCUAUGCAAAUGCAAGGAAGGUUAUCAAGGAAAUCCAUAUCAUCCCAUUGGUUGCAUAGACAUUGACGAAUGUAAGACAGGAAAUCACAAAUGCAUAAGUGAAAGUAAUUGUAUAAAUACAAAUGGGUCUUACACAUGUUUUUGUCCUAAGGGUCAAACUGGAAAUGGCACAAAGGAACAAGGGGGAUGUCAACAGCAAAAUUUACUUCCCAAGGUUCUCAUUGGUGCAAGUGGAGGAACCAUUGCUGUUGUUGUGGCAACUUCAUUGUUUAUUUUGACACAUCAAAAAAGAAAGCACAUCAAACUCAAACAACAAUACUUUAAGCAAAAUGGUGGCUUAAUGUUGUUACAACAACUCUCUACAAGAGAAGAAUCCUCACAAAUUACUCAGAUUUUCACAUCAGAGGAACUAAAGAAGGCUACCAACAAUUAUGAUGAGAACUUAAUACUUGGAAGAGGAGGUUACGGUACAGUUUUCAAAGGUUUUCUUGACGAUAAUAGAAUUGUGGCAAUCAAGAAGUCUAAAAUAGUUGAUCAGAGCCAAACAGAGCAGUUCAUCAAUGAGGUGAUUGUUCUAUCUCAAAUCAAUCAUAGAAACAUAGUGAAACUGUUAGGUUGCUGCUUAGAAGAAGAGGUUCCUUUACUAGUUUAUGAGUUUGUUAACAAUGGUACCCUCUUUGAUUUUAUCCGCAAUCAAAUUCAAAACAAUGUGAAUAAUUUGUUAACUUGGAACACAUGUCUAAGGAUAGCAGCAGAGGCUGCUAGUGCUCUAUCUUAUCUACACUCAGCAGCAUCUAUACCCAUUAUCCAUAGAGAUGUGAAGAGUGCAAAUAUUCUCUUAGAUGACAAUUACACUGCAAAAGUUUCCGAUUUCGGAGCUUCCAGAUUGGUUCCACUAGAUCAAGAAGCCUUGGCCACCAUGGUGCAAGGAACUAUUGGAUACUUGGAUCCAGAAUACAUGCAAACGAGUCAACUAACUGAGAAAAGUGAUGUGUAUAGUUUUGGAGUCGUACUUGUAGAACUUCUAACAAGUGAAAAACCUCUUUCUUUUGAUAGGACGGAAGAAAAGAGAAGCCUUGCUCUUUACUUUCUGUCCUGUCUAAAAGAGGAUCGCUUGUUUGAAGUCGUUCGAGUCGAACUUUUGAGUGAAGAAAACAAGCAAGAGAUUGAACAGGUUGCUUUUCUUGCGGCAAAAUGUUUGAGACUUAAUGGGGAUGAGAGACCAAGUAUGAAGGAAGUGGCAAUGAAAUUGGAGGGAUUACAGUUAAUGCAAAAACAGCCUUGGAUCAAUGGGAACAAAAAUUUGGAAGAGACUUGUUACUUGCUUCCCGGUUCAUCAUCCAAAACAUGUGAAUUUGGUGAUAGUAGUUGCCAUAAAAAUGCUGGGUAUGAUAGCAUCAGAGAUCAAGUACUAAUUUCUUUUGAUGAUGGAAGAUGA